AUGCUAGUAACUCUUUUCAAGAGUAUGAUAUCAAGUGGACUUUUGGUACCUAUUACGCCAUGGGGUAUAAGAAAGUUGUUAAACUGGUUAAAGCAAGCUUACCAUAAUCCAGAAAUCUUUAUUACUGAAAAUGGUGUCGCAGAAAAUGGCUCUUCCUUGAAUGAUACUAUUAGAAGUAACUAUUAUAGGGAUUAUCUCAGCAACAUAAGAAGUGCCAUGGAAGACGGGGUCAAAAUAAUUGGCUACACGGAUUGGAGCCUUUUGGAUAACUUCGAAUUUUCGGAAGGAUAUAAGUGA